GGGGGGGGCUUUUUAAUCGCUGCCCGGGAAUGUGGGAUGCGAGUUCUUGAUCCGGCGGCCGCUGGAAGCCCAUCAGCGCCUCGCCGGGUGAGUCUCCAAGCCCCUGGCGUUGGAAUGCAGAACGUGCCUCCCUUGCAGACAUCGACCAACGGCUGCUCGGGAAGAACCGCUUGGUUUAGGCUCCAUUCCCAGCAGUCCUCUGGGAUUCCUUUCUUGCCUGCUCUGCUCGAUUGGGAAGCAGAACUUUUGCGCUGAACUCUCUAUGUCUCUUCCAUCGCCAUGGGACAAGCACUGCUGAUCCUCCUGCUCUCUUCCACCGUUUCGCUCCUUGGUGGGUUGAUAUUUGGGUAUGAGCUCGGAAUUAUCUCUGGGGCCUUGUUGCAGCUGCAGCUAGAGUUUCAUCUGAGCUGUUUUGAACAGGAAGUUCUUGUGAGUUCCCUGCUGGUUGGUGCUCUCCUGGCUUCUCUGGUUGGUGGGAUCUUCAUUGACCAGCAAGGAAGGCAGAGAGCGAUAUUGGUCAGCAGUGCCAUUUUGUUGGGUGGCAGUCUCCUCCUAACUCUAGCCAGGUCAUUUGUUUGCCUGGUAUGUGGCCGUGUGACGGUCGGCUUUGCCAUCUCUUUGUCAUCCAUGGCAUGCUGCAUCUAUGUCUCCGAAAUGGUGGCCGCCCAUCAGCGAGGGGUGCUGGUUUCCCUCUAUGAAGCUGGCAUCACCUUGGGGGUCUUACUUUCAUAUGCACUGAAUUACAUUUUCUCAGAUACAUCGGAGGGCUGGCGAUACAUGUUUGGCUUGGCUAUCGGUCCAGCUGCUAUUCAAUUUCUCAGCAUCUCGUUCCUCCCAAAGAACUCCAUGAAGUUAAAUGUAUGCAAGAGCGAGACUCGGAAAAGCCUCAUUCGGCAACAGAAGAACAAGGAUGGUGAAGACGCGAUGCCACCUUGCCCCAAGGAGAAGCGUUAUUCAUUUGGGGAUCUUUUUAGGUCAAAGGACAAUAUGAGAAGCAGAACUAUGGUUGGCCUAGGACUGGUGCUUUUCCAGCAGUUCACGGGGCAGCCCAACAUCCUUUUCUACGCGUCCAAAAUCUUCCGAUCUGUGGGGUUUCAGAGCAAUUCCUCUGCCAUCCUGGCUUCUGUUGGUCUAGGGGUGAUGAAAGUUAUUGCGACUCUUUUUGCCAUGGCUUUUGCAGAUAAGGCUGGCAGAAGGAUACUCUUGAUGGCUGGAUGUACAGUGAUGGCCUUAUCAGUGACUGCCAUUGGCCUAACAAGCUGCUUCAUUCACUUGGAUGUGGUCAAAGACUGUGGAACGCUGAGAGAAUUAAACAGCACUUCACUCCACUCAGCUCAUCUCCCCAUAAAGUCAGUGUCCACCCACCCAGCUGUGUCAUACUUCCCCUUGGCUUCAGGUGCUAGUGAAAUUCAUAUGGUUUCUAUUCCUACCAUCACAAGGCCAGCAAGCUUUACCAAAAUGGUUGCCAGCAGUGAAAAUGGAGGAAGAACAGCAAGCGCUUCUUCACACACGGAGAAAGUGGGCCUGCUCAAUCAGUCCACUGAGGCAAAGGAACAAAGUACCCCCUCAUCUGUUGGAGAGGCUCCUUCUAAGGAACAUAUGCUCCUAAACUGGAUUACACUACUAAGCUUGAUGGCUUUUGUCAGCGCAUUCUCAAUUGGAUUUGGACCAAUGACAUGGCUUGUCCUCAGUGAGAUCUAUCCUGCCAACAUACGAGGGAGAGCCUUUGCCUUCUGCAACAGUUUCAACUGGGCUGCCAAUCUGCUGAUCAGUCUCACAUUCCUGGACCUCAUUGAUGCCGUCGGCUUAUCAUGGACAUUCCUUUUCUAUGGACUGGUGGGAGCUGCAGCUGUUCUAUUUAUUUACCUUUUUGUACCAGAAACCAAAGGACAGUCUCUAGAAGAGAUAGACCAGCAGUUCUCAAAGAAGCAGUUGUUACAGAGAAACAGAUUCUGGCAAAAAUUCUGGAACAGAAGAGAAGUUCAUCCACGAGCUCAUUACCAAAGAGUGGACAGUUCCAGUACCUCCUGAGAGAUGAGCAAUGAACAUUUCCGCUUAUGAAGAGACACAAGUGACAUCAGGAUAUUCACUUUCUGCAGUGUUGAAGGGAUACGAUGACUUGCUCAGAGAAGGAAUCCUGAACCUGCUGUUAAAGCACUGAGUUCAUGUGGGUGAAGUACAGUUCACCUCCUGGAAAAAAUGCAUGGAAUUGAGCAUCCUGGUCUCUUGAAAAGGCUCCUCUUCUAUGCCUUGAUUUCCGUCUGUUAGUUAAGAGGAAAUAUAACUGAUGACCUUUUGUCGGUUCACACAGCAGGGUAUUUUUUAAAGAAAGCAUUUGAUAAAGUAUAAGUUAUGACACCA